GGGAGGUGACGUCCAGUGGCAUUGCAGGUGCAGUUCCGGUUCAGUACCCCUUUACUCAGGACUUACAGGUGUGCACGUGGCUCCUGACGGUGUGGAAGAUAUCCUUACAAGGACCGUGCUACAUGACUCUGCUGAUGACGGCCUUCGGCCUGCUGUGGGGACACCUCCUGCAGAUCAAGCCCACUCAGAGCGUCUUCAUCGCCACCUGCCUGUCCUUGUCUAGCACUCCCCUGGUGUCCAGGUUCCUUGCAGGCAGUGCCCGGAGUGAUAAAGAAGGUAGCGUGGUCGUGGGAGUGCUGCGCACGCUGCUCCUGGCUGGCCAGACCCUCUUCUCCCUGGCUGCGGUCUGUCUGCUGUGUCUCCUCCUGAAGACGUACCUCAUAGGCCCCUUCUGCCGGAAGCUGCACGUGGAGAGCAAAGGGAACAAGGAGGUCCUCGUCCUGGGCGUGUCUGCCUUCAUCUUCCUAAUGCUGACGGUCACGGAGCUGCUGGACGUGUCCAUGGAGCUGGGCUGCUUCCUGGCCGGAGCUCUGGUCUCUUCCCAAGGCCACAUGGUCACCGAAGAGGUCAUGGCCUACCUGGAGCCCAUCCGUGACUUCCUGGCCAUCGUCUUCUUCGCCUCGAUAGGGCUGCAUGUGUUCCCCACCUUCGUAGUGUACGAGCUCACGGUGCUGGUGUUCCUCACCCUGUCGGUGGUGGUCAUGAAGUUUGUGUUGGCAGCACUGGUCUUGUCUCUCAUCCUGCCGAAGAGCAGCCAGUACAUGAAGUGGAUCAUCUCUGCAGGCCUGGCCCAGGUCAGCGAGUUCUCCUUUGUCCUGGGGAGCCGGGCGCGGAGAGCAGGCAUCAUCUCCCGGGAGGUGUACCUCCUUAUACUAAGUGUGACCACACUCAGCCUUCUGCUGGCCCCUGUGCUGUGGAGAGCUGCCAUUACAAAAUGUGUGCCCAGAUCGGAGAGGCGGUCCAGUCUCUGACCACGCUGGGCUUUGAGCAACUCUGGGACGACCUUGGAGGRGGUGUGCGCUGGUGUCAGCCCGAGUGCCGUCAGCAAGGAGCAGUGUCCUCCUCUCUGCCUGUUGGCACAGGCUCUGCUGUUGCGGAAGUUCCUGGCAUGACUGUCUUGCACUUGUGCACAGUAGGACUGAGGCACUGGCUCACGGGUGCUUCCACUGUUUUGCCUCGAUGUGCCUUUUUUUCUGAAGUUAUUAUUAAUUUCUAUUGUUAAUUCAUCAGUUAAUUAUUUUUUGUAAAGAAAAAAAUUAGGAAAAUUUUUAUUGUGCAACUUUAGAAUUAUAAUCUGUUAGUCAACUACUUGUUAUUAAACCUGUCUGUGCUGAAAUCUUAAUUCUGGCAGUGAGUCUGGAAGCUUACUUUUACCCUUUUUGUUUCCUAGGUGAGAUAAAUAUUUUAUAGAUGUCUGUAUGCCUCUUAGCUAUUUAUUUGUUUGUUUGUUUGUUUAUUUAUUUAUA